AUAUUUUUUUAUGCCGGCAACAUUUAUGUAUUCAUAUCUGUUAUGUACACCAAAAAAAAGAGUAUAGUGGGAAAAGUACACAGACCUAUAUAUAAUGUACAAGGAUCUAAAAUAAUUAAAGUUUUUAGUUUAUACCCGGGUGUUUCCUGAGUCUCCUUUUGAGCUGAAGCAUCGAGGAAUAGAUAAUUUUUAAUACUAGUGACUCGUUCAUCAGUUUACUGUUACAAACAUUUGAGCAUUCAUAUUGCAGCACAGUGACGGUUUAUUAAUACCACUGGACAUAUUAUUUUAGUGCAUUGCAUACAGAUUUAGUGUUAUUCAAGGCCGUACGAUGAAUCUUUCAGACCCCUCUGAUGAGGACAGUAGCAGUGAUGAGAGCACCACAAUACCAGCGAAGCGAUCUCGAGCUGACACAUAUGGAGCAUCAUCUACCACAUCUCAUGGCUCUGCUCUUCAAGAAUCAGAUAAGGACAGUCCAGACACACCAGUUUUUGACAGCUAUGGAGGUGAUUUUCAACAACCAGGGAAAAUAAGGCAAAGUUAUGGUGACCAAAGUCCUGAAGAGAAUAUAAGAUUAAGCAGAAGUAGUUUAAGUGAAAACUGCUCAUCACCAAAUGAUAAUCAAUAUGAUGAUUAUCGGCCUGUAUUUGAUGAGGCAGAAGGGGAUGAAGAAUCUGGGCGUCCUAGCUUCCUGGAUGCUGGAGAUGCUUUCUACAAUAAGAAUAAUGAACACAACAAAAAUUUUGAGGAUGCAUACAGCGCAAAGUAUUCAGACAAAUCUAAGCGAAUCAUGAUGAAUAUGGGUUUUAAACCAGGAAAAGGUCUAGGUAAAUUUGAACAUGGUAGAACACAACCUGUGGAGGCAUCAGCUCAAAAAGGUCGCAGAGGUUUGGGAGCUAAACCUUCAGCUGUAGGAGCUUUGCCGGAAGAUAUCAAAGAAGUAACAGAGGAAGCCAAGCCAGAAGCAAGGGAACAAGUGUUAUGGCUCGAUCCUGCCCCAGACGAACCACUAUCUGGUGAUCUGUUGGAUAAGUGGUUACGACGAGGCACCAAAAAAACAACUAUUGAUGAUGAAACACAUUUUGUUGACCCUGCUAUUUUAAAAGGGGUAUUGGAUUCUAAGACCAUUUUUGACAGUUUAGAUGAUGAAGAUUUACGUCAUGCGAGAUAUCGAAGUAACCCAUAUGAAACUAUAGGUUCAGUAGUAUUCUUGAACAGAGCUGCAGUGAAGAUGGCCAAUAUUGAUGCUGUAUUUGAUUUUAAUUUCACUAACCCUAAAAAACAAAAUGGAGAAGAUGCUGUAGAAAAGAAAGAAAUCCUGUAUUUUGCUGAUGUAUGUGCUGGUCCAGGAGGAUUUUCAGAAUAUGUGUUGUACCGUAAAGGUUGGAGAGCAAAAGGUUUUGGUUUUACAUUAAAAGGGCCAAAUGACUUUAAGUUAUCAGAUUUCUACGCUGGAUCACCUGAAACUUUCAACCCUUAUUAUGGGGUGAAGAAUGAUGGCAAUAUAUUUGAUCCUGCAAAUUUGAUAUCAUUGAAGGAGCAUGUAUUGAAGCAAACUGAUGACAAAGGAGUACAUUUUCUUAUGGCUGAUGGUGGUUUCUCAGUGCAAGGCCAAGAAAAUAUACAAGAAAUAUUGUCUAAGCAGCUCUACCUAUGUCAGUGUCUAGCAGCAUUGAUGCUUGUGAGGACUGGUGGCCAUUUUGUGGUGAAACUCUUUGAUGUGUUCACAUUGUUUAGUGUUGGCUUGAUUUACAUAUUGUACAGAUGCUUUGAUAAAGUUUGCAUUCACAAGCCUGUGACGUCGAGACCUGCUAACUCCGAGCGAUACCUUGUAUGUUUGUGGAAGAGGUUGGGCACAGAACCAGCAGAACAGCACCUUGCGUCUGUUAACUCAAUAUUGUGGAGCGACGUUGAAAGGGGUGGAGACGUCACGCAACUUGUACCUUUAAGUGUUCUAGAAGAAGAUAAAAACUUCUUUGAAUACAUUUAUAAAAGCAAUUGCCUACUUGGUGAAAGACAAAUUCAAAAUUUACUUAAGAUAGCUAGAUUCAGUAAAGAUAAAAACUUAAAAGAAACUACUCAAGCAGAAAUGAAAGAGCAGUGUUUGGCAUUGUGGAAAUUGCCUGACGCAGUAAGAAUGCAGCCAGAACGUAGAGGGCAUGACGACACAUUAACAGCUAUCAGAUCUCUGAUAAAAAGACCAGGAACUGAUUCUGAAAGCUUGUACUUUUUCAAAGCAAACAUAUUGAACAAACCGCCUAGCUAUUUAGAGAACCCAUCAGAACUAAAGACGUAUUUCAAAAAUGUGGUUAAAGAAUAUCGGGGACAGGGAAACAAUCAAAUUUAUAGCAAAUCUUUGCACAUUAUUGAUGCUUUAAUGUUAGGUGGAAUUGAUAUUUCAGGAGAUUCUUUAACAGAAAGGAUAAAUCAAUGUAAUCUAUUUUGUUCAGCUCUAAAUAAACCGUUUGAUACUCAAGCUCUUCCAAUAAGAACAAAGAGGGUAUACAGUAUGGAUCAAUUUGAAACAGCAGUUAGUAAUUUGGAGUAUCGUGCCAUGAAACGAGUGAAAAGAGCAAUAACUAUAAAUACGCCUGAUAGAAUAAACAGAAAUGAAAUGUUUUAUGUAGUCGGAUCUGUUUUGUUCCUAAAAGAAGUAAAAGAACCUUGGAUUGCGGUGAUAUCGAAGAGCAGUGGCCGUAAAUACUAUUUCAGUAUGGGUAGGGAUGGAAAGAGAAAUAGUGAGUACGAAAUACCACCAGGCGCCAAGCUGGAUAUGUUGAGUGCACACACACGACGUGUUAUGUGGCCCUGGGAGCCAUCAGCCAGUGCUAUAUUUGACAGCCAAACUAGAGACAGUGUCACACGAGCUGACAUGGAGGAAUAUAUCACAAGUGUGUUGAAUAAAUAAAUUACCGAUAACACAACUUACGAAGCCCGAUUUCACAGUACAGAAAGGUGUAUGUUAAUAUAGAAUAGAUAUAGGAAUACUUUGUUAUUUAAUUAUUAAGUUUUAAAUGAAUUCUGUAUCAAUAAUUUUACAAUAACGGUAGUAAUAUGGUGACGCGAUUCCCCUUUUGUACACAGAAAUUUGUCUCUAAUUAGUUUAAAAUUAGUGAUGCAAUGCAGUGUACCUACUUUUAUGAUUCAGAAUAAAAUAAAGUUUGUAAAUUAAUGAUUCUAUUGUAUUAAAUGAUUUCAAUGUUUAAGUACUUUUUAUCUAACAUGUAAUAAUAUAUACAUACAUUCACGCACACCUUUCUCUCAUUGACAUUGUCAAAAAUCACAAUCACAAAAUUACAUCUUGCAUUUAGCCUCAUUUCAUCUUAGGUUUUACUUUAGAGCAUUCACAACAUGCUCUAAGGUAAAACUAUUCCUUCUUAUCUUAUGAGAACCUCGUAAAUGAGGUCAAUAUGUGAUGUGCGCCUCCUGCAAACUUUUCGUAAUCAUAGGAUUAUAUCGUUAAUUGUUUCCAUAUGUCCAAACCAUCAUUAUUCUUACCCUUUUAUUCACUAAAUCAUCCAUUCCAUAUAUUGCUUAUCAGUCUUAUCUAGUCUCCAAUCAGUAGGUAAUAAACUUCUAAAACAACACAAAAAUUAGUAAUAAUAAGAUAUUAUAUCAAACUUUUUGUUUGCUUUUCCUACUUAGCAAAAGUCACUUUUCCUACUUGUCUAAUCGGGCCUUAUAGAUUUGGGACUGACGGUUUUUAUCCAUUUCAUUUAAUUUAGUUAUUACUUAAGGAUAAUUAAAAACAAAUAGGUAAAAGAUAAUAAGGAUCCAAAAUAUUUUUGGAUCUAUUUUGAAAUGAAAUGUUUUAAAGAAAUCUUUUGGCCUUUUUAUAAUUUUUGUCUAAUUAUAACAAACGCUAAACCUGCCUAUAUACUUAUUAUGUACUUAUGAGUAUGAUUAAAGUUGGUUAUUGAA